AAGCGCCGCUACCGUCCUAAAUGCUACGCUUGUUUAUCAUUCGGUUUUUGCAUUUCGAUUCUUUCGCGCAUAAAAAGCCCUUAAUCUUCCAAAAUGAAGUUUCAAUCGCUCGUUUCACUCUUCGCAGCAGCUAUUCUCUCCCUUUCGCUCCCAGUUUCUGCUAGCUCUCAAAUAACAACCUAUCUUGGCUGCUACACGGACCUUAAUGGCAUGAAAGACCAAGGAUCAUUCCAAUUCCAGUCCGUGUCCUAUUGUACAGACCUCUGCGCGAAAACAGACGUAGCUUUUGCUGCACUUCGUGGAGACUCUUGUUUGUGUGGUGAUUCUGCACCGGCAGAAACGGACAUUGUUUCGGAUGAUAACUGCAAUUACCCUUGCGCAGGAUGGCCUAAAGUGAUGUGUGGCGGUAAUGCUAGGUGGUCUGUGUAUGCAAUUGGUGAUUACGAAAAGCCGGAGUCCAGCUCAUCGGCCAUCGCCUCGACUACUUCCAGUUCAACUUCUACAAGAUUCACAGACCCCUCGACUACCACUUCUUCAACCGAUUCUCACGUUAUUACUUCCGUUACGUCAACAUCCGAAACCUCGACAACAGUAUCGUCAACUUCCGCGCAACAUUCGUCAGAAAACACCUCAAGCAGCUCUGCCUCGAUCAGUAUUACUCCGGCUCCUUCCGCGUCGAAGGCUAACCGCCGAUCCAGCUUCCUGUUCUUCUAAGCCAGUCAUAAUCUUGCCAAGCCUAUAGAGAUGGUGAUGCUAUGCACUCCUCCGCUCGUUACGUUCAAGUGAGUAAGGCAGUGGAGUUCAUGAAGAGAAUUGCUAUCUAUAUAGACCUGUAUAUCAUAGAGUAGGUUGAGCAUUGAGAGAGGAGAACGGAGAAAGAACUAUACGUUGCCGUUCGCUUCAUAUUCGUUGUCUUGUUAUAAUACACAUACCCCCAAUUUCAGAGUCUAUAGAACACAAAUAAAAUCUAUACAAGAGGAAUGCCGGGCAGCUGGCUCUUUUCUGACACAACGGGUUUGGAGUCAAGCUUUACUGGCGCGGAUUCCUUCAAAACAUGACCGGCGCCACUCAUCGAUAGUCGAGCCUCGCACACACCUGAGUAUAAAGAGUAUCGAAGGGCUCCUUGAUAUGUAACGAAGGGCAUCGUCUUGUGGACGCCGGGCUUGAAAACAUAAGAAUCCU